UCAAAAUGCCUUCCGCGCGCUCUCGCAGGUCUGUCUUUACAGCUGCCGUAAGAAUGGUAAAGUAAAUAUCUUCUAGCAACAAAUACAAACCCGGGUGUAACAAAUACCGCUCAAAUUCCCGCUACGCCUCGAUACCAAGAGUGGAAUAUUAUCUCCUUAAAGAAACAGUUUCUACUCUUUUUUUUUUUUUUUUUUUUUUUUUUUUUUUUUUUAAGCCACCGGAGUACGACAGCUUCACCGUGUAGGAGGAGCCAGCGGCGUGUUUCCGCUAACACCAGGCCGAGCCGAGAGAGAGGCAUCACGGUCUGAAAUCUAUGCUGCCCUACUGCGAAUAACAGAAACAGCGGAGGGACAGUUGUCAGGGCACUGCUGUUGUGUACAAGUUGUUUGAUUGCUAGGGGGGUGGGGGGGUGGGGGGGGGGCUUUGGUUAUCAACAUCAGAGUGAACGGAAGAAGAAGAAGAAGGCGAAGGAGUGGCAGCUGGACUGUCUGCAAUGGAAGCCGAGUUUCGGGAAAUCGAUGAAAACGGGAGUUGGAGCGUCGUUUAUCAGGAUAUUCGUCAGCAGUCAUGUGAACUCCCUUGCAAGGUUGCUAAAUUACCCGAGAACAAGAACCGAAAUCGUUACAGAGAUGUCAGCCCAUUCGACCACAGCAGAAUAUGUCUGCAGCUGGGUACCAACAACUACAUUAACGCCAGCCUGAUCGCAGUAGAGGAGGCGCAGAGGCACUAUAUUCUCACUCAGGGACCCCUUCCAAAUACAUGUGGCCACUUCUGGGAGAUGGUGUGGGAGCAGAGGACCCGUGGUGUAGUGAUGCUGAACAGAGUCAUAGAGAAAGGAUCUAUUAAAUGUGCCCAAUAUUGGCCACACAGAGAGGAGGGAGAUGCUAUCUUUGAAGAUACCAAUUUCAGGCUCACUCUUGUCUCAGAGGACAUCAAAUCUUACUACACAGUCCGUCAGCUGGAGUUGGAAAAUCUGUCUACUCGAGAGACUCGUGAGAUUUUACAUUUCCACUACACCACCUGGCCUGACUUCGGGGUGCCAGAGUCCCCCGCCUCCUUCCUUAACUUUCUGUUCAAGGUGCGAGAGUCGGGUUGUUUAAACUCGGAUCAGGGAGCGGUGGUGGUGCACUGCAGUGCCGGCAUCGGACGCUCUGGGACCUUCUGUCUGGUGGACACCUGCCUCUUAUUGAUGUCCAUGCGUAAGGACCCGUCUUCAGUGCGUAUUCGCGAUGUGCUGCUGGAGAUGAGACGCCAUCGAAUGGGUUUGAUCCAGACGGCAGAUCAACUUCGCUUCUCCUACCUCGCUGUCAUUGAAGGUGCCAAAUACAUCAAAGGAGAUACAUCUCUGCAGGAGUCAUGGAAAGAGCUGUCAAACGAGGAAGAUGAUCCUCCAGAGUUCACCCCUCCUCCUCCUCCUCCUCCUCCCAGAGACCCUCAUAAUGGCAAAGUUGAGCCGUCCUUUUUCCCUGAAAAUGACGAGCUCAUCCAACAGAUGGAAAUCCGUAUUCUGGGGUCCUCACAAGAGCCAGAAGAGCCAGAACUGAGAAAGAGGAACGUCGCUGCCCCUCAGCCUCCUCCUGACACCGCGGACCAGCUCGAUGGUCACGUGGAAAUCCAUGAGCAAAUCUGGAGAGCUCCAACCAAAUCCCAGCAGCAGCUCGAGUCCGAGGAUCAGGAGUUGCCCGAGUCAGCCGAGCAGCCAAAGGAAAGCUCUCCUGUGCCGGAGACCUGGUCCCCGCUACUCACCAACGUGUGCCUGUGCACAGCACUGGCUCUCAGUGCUUACGUCUGCUAUCGAGCCUAUUUCCACUGAUGUCUCUCUCCCUCUGCCUCGUUUUGGUUCCUCACUGUCUCUCCACUGACGUCGCAAAGUGGACUAGAUUGACCAAUCAGCCUGCUUUGACUGUACAGUGGGCGGGUUAUUUGGACUUUUCAGCUUCACUUGUUUAUUUUACAAAAUGCAGUGUGAGGGGUCGGCUAGUUGGAGACCGAAGGCUGCCAAUUACCAACUAAAACUUUUUAUCAAUAAGUCAUCUUGGAUGCUCAGGGCCUUGGUUUUUUUUCAGGUGUCACAUCCCAAAUACGUGUGCUGACUAAAAAAAAAAAAAUAGACUCAAGAGAUAGGAAGAGAGGAAAAAUAGCUUUGUUUUAGCUCCUGUGCUCUGUGAAUCAGGAUGAAUGGCCUGUCAGCCCUUUUUACACGUGUCUCCUCACUCAUAUACCAAAUGCGUUCUUCCAUUUCAGCCUUUAAUGAGGCGACCGUUUGGAUUUCACUUUCUUUUGAUGACACAAAUCAGAAAUCACGGAGCCAGAUUUUUAACCAGCCUGAAUGAAAACAUGCCAGUAAGAGAGAUAUAGUUAGUUUUUCUUUUUUUAAUUCAUCGAUAUGAAACCUUAGAAGAGCGAUGAAUUAAAGGAGGAGCACGGAGGUGGAGCACGGAGCUGUGUGUGUGUGUGUGUGUGUGUGUGUGUGUGUGUGUGUGUGUGUGUGUGUGUGUGUGUGUGUGUGUGUGUGUGUGUGUGUGUGUGUGUGUGUGUGUGUGUGUGUGUGUGUGUGUGUGUGUGUGUGUGUGUGUGUGUGUGUGUGUGUGUGUGUGUGUGUGUGUGUGUGUGUGUGUGUGUGUGUGUGUGUGUGUGUGUGUGUGUGUGUGUGUGUGUGUGUGUGUGUGUGUGUGUGUGUGUGUGUGUGUGUGUGUGUGUGUGUGUGUGUGUGUGUGUUGCUUGGGACUUAAAACAAUAACAGUAUGUGGAACACGAGAUGAAGACUGGGAUACCUGAUUCCCUCUGUGUUGAAGCUCCCUGGUGGCUGGUGCAGAGAGAGGGUGGUGUGUUCGCCUGGCAUUUACGAUUGUCGUGGGAGGGAUCAGCAGAUUUUUGAAAACAUUGUAACACCUGGUUUCCUCCGGUACUGUUCUUUAGCGUGACAGUGGACAAACCUGUGUGAAGGCCAAAACAAAAUGUGGAACAGAACUUCAAUACAUCUGAUUCACGUUGUGAUGUAAUGUGUGUUCAGUUCAGGAGCGCAAGCUUAACGGGACAGAAAAAAGGUAGCACCAUUUCUCGAAAUAACACCCAACGCUUUUUUUCGCCAGCAAUACAAACAAUGUGUCACCCUUUACUUAAUCAAACCGAGUUUGAACAGGGAUUUUAAAUGAACCAAAAAAUCAAACACCAGCACAGGGAUGAAAAUGAAACACUGUAGUGAUGAUCUGUUGAAUCAUGCGGCCCUGAGCUCGCAAUAUUGUUUUCUAUGAUUUUUUUUUUUUUUUUUUUUAGCAUGCUGCAUUCGUGAAUCAACAGGUUUGUCCUUAAAAGAGAUUAGCUGAGAUGCUAGCAUUCAGUUUACCUGUGUAGCUCCGUGGGGAGUCUGACAGCUGUACCUUUCUUUAGAAUGUAUUCAUGUCCUCUACAGGGACACACUCUUAUUAGAUAUAAAUAUAUAUUUUUUUCAAAAUCAGGUUUCAGUGUGCUGAGUUUUUUCUUAAAAAAAAAAAAAAAAAAAAGAGUUUAAUUCAGUUUUAGCAAGGGAUUAAAUCUCAGCACCUGUGCAGCCAUCGCACCGGGUUUUCCUGUUUUUUUUUCUAUACUUAUGCUGAGCUCAAAGACAUGUAUUUUUUUAAUUUACAUUUGUUGUUUUCCUUUUUAAAUAAACGAUGAACUGUU